AUGUUCUCUGCAAGGUCGCGGCUUGACCGCUUGUCAUCCUUCUUCCCGUCACUAAUCAGUCCUCAAUCUCCAGACUCUCCUACGGGAGCUUUUCAUCGUAAACCGCUACCCGAUCAGUCCCCUGUCAAAGACAGGCCCCCGAGUCUACCGAGCCUACCCCUGGGGUCAGGGUCACUUGAAGAGUCAAGAGACGGUUCUUCAAGAUCAAAUUCAAAUGACCUCUCCGAUAAUACCGCUACACUUCAGUCCAUUCCAACCGACAGUAGAGAUUCCUCCGAAAAUGACGCCACAAGUUCUGCUCCGAACAAGUUACAUAAAUCAGCGCCGGUAACGGACAAGGCACCGCCAUCUGAUGCCGAUGACACAUUUUCUGCUCCUCAACGGGGAUCAACUUUUCAUUUCUUCGAGUCCAAGUCAUCCCCACGGCUCAGGAAGGACCAGAGACGGCGAAGUAGCUCUGUUGCAAGUAGCAGUCAUAAAACAUCAAAUUCUCAGACCAAUUUAGGGAUACCUCAAUCGGGUUCGCCAACCCCUGAAUCGAGAGUCCGAAGCGUGUCUGCACAGCCACCUGUUACAAGACCGGCCCCGGGUUCGGGCUCGGGGAACCUGACGGUCUCCGCAGCUGCGCCAGCCGCGCCCCGUCCAGGGUCAAGUAAUGGAGGCGAAAGUCCAACGCGAGAAGCGGAACGGCGAGGGCGCCUGAGAAGAAGCUGGCUACCAGGAGCAAGGUCAAGGUCGCAUUCGCGGAGCCAAACAAAGACGAUUAAUACGUCAGCGGCAUGGAUACUUGGGCAGAAUACGGAUUAUAAUACAUCAUUCCUCGCAGACGGAGAAAAGGUCCCAGAGUUGUGGAACGAGAAUGGAAAUGUGUUGAUCUACUUGGAUGCCAAAGGAAGUGGCGGAAAUGCCUCUUUUAAAGUCCCUUCGUUUGUAGUGGAUUAUUCACUGGUAUUCGUCGAGCUUAUGGAAGCCGAGAUGACAUCGCCUACUAGCUCAGGAAGGAGUCGUGCCCGCAGUUUUACCGGUCGAGAUAGUCUGUCUGUCGAUGAUGCAACACGAAGAGUUCAGUCACCCACAUUGUCCGAACCAGAGGUAUAUGGGGAGUCGCGUCUCUACCUUCCUGUGUCCAUGUCCGAUCCAGGUCAUAGGUCACAGGCAGACAUGGAGCGACUGAUAUCAAUUCGAAAUAUGUUUGCGUUUUUGACUGGCCAGCCGCUGGUGUGUACCAAGGAACAGUCAACGCUCUUCAGCGUCUUCAUUAACAUAUCCAGCUUACUCAAGGAAUUCGAGUUCACAAACGCUGAUGGGUCGACUUUUGGAGAUGCUGUUGAAAUGAGCUUUGGCUUUUUUAUGGACCAGAUGGGCCUUGCGGACGUGAGACAUAGCAGGGAGAAGACGAUAGAAUCGCUCAUUCUAGGUGAACGGAUGCGCUCAAUGGCCCUCUACAAUGAAGCGUUUACUCACGCCGUGGGCAAAUACUCGGCAAUUAAAGACUUGAAUUCGCCGUUAUGGGAACAAAUUUCUGUUACCACUCGCGAACGACUGGAACGCGCAUAUAUCGAACUGGUGAACCGCCAAAAUGGAGUCAAUAAUAGACUGGAAUCGUUCGAAUUUCCGGCCUUAUUUUCUGGUGUCGCCAACUCGACGUCCCGUUCAGAAUACAAGGAGGUCAAAUAUCAUACCUGGAGAAGAUCUUUCGGCCGCAUGAGACAAUUUGCCCUUAAUUAUUACAAAUCUACUUUUGGGAGUUGGCCACCAAAGGCCCGCAGCAAGAAAAAUCCAUUUACUGAGAGCGGUUUGAAUCGGCAGGUUUUGAAGAUAAUGUACUCGGACUUCUGCGCGCUGUACGAUCUGCUCGUUGACCGCGAAUCACUAACAACACGAGUAAUUGAUCAAAACGCAGAUGAGACUACCAGUCACAAGAAUCCUCACCUGUCGGCUAUGCGCAGGGUCCUUACAGAAUUUGAUCAAUCCUCGCCUCCUGUACUCCCUCCAAUUCCAUUCGAUCUUCCUAAAUUGCCUGACAUGACCAGUGUUCAGGAGAACUUCUACGAGCUCUCUGCCAAGGAACAAGCACGGUUAGGUAAUAACUUGCAGGAAUAUCAGACGCUCUUGAUCUUAAACAAGGCCUACGAUUUCGAGACAUACAAGUUGGACAUCCCGUUCCUCAAGGAGUUCAAGGAAUUUGAACACAAAGAAGCCAAAGGCAAAACGGCCGCGGAGAUGGCAGAUCAACGUCUCGGCUACUGGCUAUUCCUAUACGUAAUUAUCCAGUCGCUUCCGAUGCUGGUAGUGGAUGCUCCCGGUUUACAGUUCACGGAAGGUGUCGAAUACUUCCUCUGUCAGCCACCAAAGGGUCAGGCGCCAUGGAUAGAAGAUGCGCCGGCAGUGCGCAAGAGAUGGUAUGAAGUGGCCGGCGGAGGUGGUUUGGUUGAGCUUUCAACCGAUGCCGUAGAGUUUAGUAUCGAGGGCAUCUACCACCGUAGCCACUGCUGGCUAGUAGCUAAAGGCUGGGAGGUUGGAGAAGAUAUCGGUCCUAUGAUACAACAAGAAAGUCUAUCACCACUGCCACCGCCACAGUCCGUUUUUGCCGAUAUGGAUCCAGGCGUAUCAGCAAGCCCGCCGCCUCUGGUCAACCGGAGCGAGUCUCCCCAAAGUGGCCCACCUGGUCUGGCACUUAGACAGAGAACUGGCUCACCAGGCGGUAGGAAUCCUAACUACCGAAGUAGCGUAGCUUUCGGGCUUGAGCCCAUCCCGAUGCCUGAAGAUGACUUUUCAAUGCUAGGGUCGCGAAUCUCCAGUGCUAGAGGCCCGUCUCCGGUUCCACGGCCGGUCAGUACCAUGAUGAGCCGUAGCAGAUCUUCGGGUAAUUUACAUGGUCUCCCAGGUUCUCCUGUUCAAGCACCUCAGGAUUCGCGGAAUAGUUCAAGGCAGGGCUCUGUAGGAGGAAGCACUUUUGAUGAUAUUCUAAAGGACAUGGAGAGAAAGCCGAAGAAGAAGAAGGGCUUUUUCUGA